UGGCGUUCCCAAACGUUCCCCCCAUUACCUCCCUCCCUCAAUCCUAUUCUUAUAAAAGGUCAGGCGAGCCACAGUCCACUGGCUUCCCACUUUUCCAUCCUCGUCCUGCACUUCAACUUCUGGCAGAGCCCUCCCUUUCUUUUUCUUUUUACUGGGGCCUCAACAAGACACCACGAAGGCACCGGAGGGGAUUCAAGUCCAGGGCCAGCGCGUCUGCUUCAGAUCCUGACCUGCUCCCCUGUUUUUUUUUUUUUUUUUAAAUGUGAAGCGGAGCGGAAGGUCGUAAAGGAGCUGCUCAUUUCUCAGGAGGGUUUUCUCUGCCAUGGAGCUUCAAAAACGAAACGAUUUGGAAGCACUUUGAAGACACCUCGGCCGCUGCUCUUACCUUUCCUCCAGAUUGAUUGGGAACUCUUCUAUUGAGCUUUUCACUUGAUGGUAAUGGAGCUCCGCAAACGGCGACGGGGUACGACCAAGGAUGAAGAGGAGGAGGAUGAGGGAAGCUCCGGAUCCGGCUCACUAGCUCCACGGUGGAGGUGGCGACGGACUGUUGCCACGGCGACAGGGCUGACGACGGCCGGCCUGCUGGCUUUGACGCAGGCCUGCUGUGUCAACGCCUUGCAUGAGAACCUGCUGUGGUUCCAACAGCUCACGGAGGUAGAGCGUGAGAUCUCCUUCCGGACCGAAUGUGGACUUUACUACUCGUACUACAAGCAAAUGUUGAACGCCCCAUCCAUACAGGAAGGAUUGUCAGAGUUGAUCCACGACAACUUGACAGAGUCCAAGAGGACCAUCAACCUCCUGCAGAGGAUGAACAUCUACCAGGAGGUCCUUCUCAGCAUUCUCUACAGGCUUUUGCCCAUACAGUCAUACCUGGAGCCCAUGUACUUCUACAUCUACAGCGUGUUCUCGCUGCAAGCGGUCUACGUGAUGGCGCUGUACCUGACAGCGUGGCUUCUGGCUGGCUCGUGGACGGCGGGCGCGCUAGCCGCCAUCUGGUACAUCCUCAACAGGGUGGACACGACUCGUGUGGAGUUCACCAUCUCGCUGAGAGAAAACUGGUCUUUGCCCUUCUUGGCGCUACAGGUUGCCGCCAUCACGUGCUACCUGAGGCCUCGGCUGGGCGCUUUGCAGCAGAAGGUGAUGGUGUGGUUGAUGUUCGUGUGCAGCUUGUGCUUCUGCGUGACCUGGCAGUUCAACCAGUUCAUCUUCCUGGUUCAGGCCCUCGUCGUCUACACGCUGGACUGUGUGGACGUGCUCACCACCGCACAGGUGACCACGCUGUACUUGGUCCAAGUGAGCGCUCUGCUGAGCGUCUGGCUGCUGCAGUUCUUCAACGGCAUGAUCCUGGGCUCUUUGGUGCUGAGCUUCAUCGCGGCGGCCCUCCUCGUGCGUCACGUCCAUCGUUCUCUGAAAACGGGAGGUUUCGCGGCGCGGGUGUUCAAGCUGAUUAUCCACAGCACCGCCGUCCUCCUGCUCGCCUUCACCUUCAACUUCCUGACCAAGAAAGCGCUGCGGCUGCGAUCUGACGAGCACAUCUUUAAAUUCAUCAAGUCAAAGUUUGCCCGGGGGCCGACGAGGGACUUUGACGCCAACCUGUAUCUGUGCGAGGAGGCCUUCGGAGCGCUGCCAUUGGACACUUUAGAGCGUCUGUCCGCCAGCCUCCUGCUGGGCCCCUACGCCCUCACGCUGGUGCUGAUGGGCGGCGCCCUGGCGCUGGCGGCUCUACGCAACCUCAGAACAAAAGGUGGCGCUGCGGAGGGUCCGGCGGUGGCAUCCUUUCGUCCGGACGUGGCCUACAACCUGCUGCACACGCUCUUCUAUGGCUUGCUGGCCCUCAGCACCAUGAGGAUGAAGUACAUCUGGACGGGACAUAUGUGUGCCGUGGCGGCGUACGGCGUGUGCGGGAGGGACGUCUGGGCCGUGCUCCUUCACGCGCUCCGAUGCAAGACCAAAGUCACGCUGACGUUGGUCCGCUACGCCGCGCCCGCCGCCGUCUUGGCCUUCCUCUCUUACAAGUUCUGGCCCAAGAUGGUGGAGGAGCUGUCUGACUUGAGGGAGUUCUACGAUCCAGACACUGUGGAGCUCAUGACCUGGAUUAGCACAAAGACGCCGGGGCGUGCCGUCUUGGCGGGAAGCAUGCAGCUGCUGGCCGGCAUCAAACUGUGCACGGGGCGAAUCAUCACCAACCACCCGCAUUAUGAAGACGCCGACCUGAGGGACCGGACCAAACAGGUGUACCAGGUGUACGCCCGGCGCUCUCCGCAGGACGUCCACGCCAUCCUGCAAGGGCUGGGCGCCCACUACGUGGUGUUGGAGAACUCCAUCUGUUACGAGCGCCGCCACCGGCGAGGAUGUCGCCUCAGAGACCUGCUGGACCUGGCCAACGGACACAUCAUGGACGGCGAAGGGGCUAACGACGCCGACCUGGUGGCCGCCGCCCACCCGCGGUUCUGCGACGCCGUCAAGACGGACUCGCCGGAAUACGCCGCCUUGUUCAAAAGAACCUUCCAGAACAAAACCUUCCAUGUGUACCGAGUCAAGAAGAAAGCCAAGAAGAACUCGUAGGAUGACAGAAGCUGACGCACACUUUGUGUGUGGACCAAGAAGCACAUAUGUUUGGCACCUGUGGACAAUGCACAAGAAAAUCCAUUCACUUUUCCUUCUUUAAAGGAGUGCACUUUGGUGGCGCCAUCAAUGGCUAUGGAAAUGCAAAUAUGUUGUGAGUCAGUGACGGUGACUUUUUUGUUGAGGUUAGAUUAAUGUGAGGUCCAAACUACAGUAUUUUACUGCCAGACAGACAAAAUAUGAACAAAAGGCUAGCAGUGAUUUGUGAACCACUACAGCAUCUGAGUGCUGAACUGCUAGUGAGAGGCUACCUAAACAUUAGCAAUAGUCUGGCAAAUGUCAAAUUCACGUGCUAGCAAAUGGCUUGUGAAAGGCAAGCAAGAUGCUAUGAAAGUGAGGAAACUCAUUUGACCGCAUCAGUGCUUCGUAGUUGCAACUGGGCUUGAAAGCGCUCGCUAAAUGCUAACAAACAUUGGUAGCACGUAUAAGCAAAGUGCCACCAAGCAGCUAGUGAUGUGCAUUCCAGUUCUUUUAGAAUCAGUUCACUCUAAAGAUUCGUUCAAACGAAUCGUUCAACGAAUAUUUUCAGUGAAUGAAUCACUUCCUAAAAUAGUUAUUUUUUCAGUUCAUAUGACUUCAACCAGUAGGUGUCGGUAAUGCGCAUUGAAGCUGGAGCAAACAAAACGAAGAAGAAAAUGACGUAACUUCCCGUUUACGAAUGAAUCGCGAAUUGCAUUUCCCGUUCAGUUCAUCGCGAGAACGGAUCAGUGAGGGAACGAAUCUUGACUUUACAGUUCGCGAACGAGUUCAUGGGUCAACUCCCUUCCCGUCCAUCAACGGAUCAGUCAGUGAACUAUGUAAGGCAGAAUGUCGAUUGACGAUUUGUGAAACAGCACUUCUUUCAUGCGCGUUUUCUCCAAGCUAACGGCUAACUUUAUUGCAUGAAGGGAUGCGCCGUUACGCAACAACGGGGAGAUGAUGCUUCUCUUUGUCUCAUCUUGGUUUUAGAACACGUCAAAUAACGUGGAUGCAUAUAUACGCCUAAAUAUUGUUAUCCAAUACAUCUAUUGCAAUUUCACAUUGGAUUGCUGGUUUGAAAUUUACUUUUAAUAUUUUUUUAAAUAAACAUUUAUGUUAAAACUUG